UUUUUCACUGUCCUGAUUUGUGCCAGGCCUCGGUUAAUGAAUCAGGCCGAACUAGAAAACACUCUCAACAAACACCUUAAAUCUGAAGAGACCUUCGGAUGAUGUGGCCGUAAUUCAAUUACUUCAUCAAUUUACCUUUUCCGUCAACAUAAAUCGUAAACACAGUAAUCAACUCACUGAUAAUUGUUUCUCUAGAUCGGGAAAGAGACAGAUGUCAUCGCACAACAACAACUCGGCUUCGGCGAACGAUCCACGGCAGCCAUUGGCCGCGAAACCGUUUGUUGCACCGAUGGUUUCACCGCAGGAUCUACCCGUUGAUUACUCAGGUUUCAUUGCGGUUAUCCUCGGAGUGGCAGGCGUCAUGUUUAGGUACAAGCUGUGCUCGUGGCUUGCUCUCAUAUUCUGUGCCCAAUCUCUCUCAAACAUGAGGAAUAUGGAAAAUGAUCUUAAGCAGAUUUCCAUGGCAUCCAUGUUUGCAAUCAUGGGAUUGGUUACAAAUUACUUGGGUCCAGCUCGACCUGGCUCACAAAGUUGAGAGGGAGAUUCUUUCAAUCAGAGACUAAAAGAGUAACGGUGACAGUAGGAUGGUCGUAUUUUGUUGGAAAAUUAUUAUAAUCGGUUGCUGUCAAAUUUGACAAAUGGAUUUAAAGAGAAGCUAAAUGUUCCCAACUUUUUCUUUUUCUUUUUCCUGGGUUUGCAAUUUCUCUAUCAUGUCCACCUAGUAUUCUGAUUUGUUUGAGCAGCUUUGUUUUGUUUUCUGUAAUCAAAGAAACGUGUUGAAUCACUUUACCAAUCUCUUUGAUUUGCAAUUUCGAUUUUCAUGGCCA